AUGAGGACUGCGCAGCCCCUCGUCCUUUUCUCCCUGGUUGCCCUUUGCCGGCGCGGGGACUGCCGCAUGGCCAAUGCGGAGGAGAGGCUCGUGGACGACCUUCUGAACAGGACACGCUACAAUAACCUCAUCCGGCCGGCCGCCAGCUCUGCCCAGCUCGUCUCCAUCCAGCUGCAGCUGUCCCUGGCCCAGCUCAUCAGCGUGAAUGAGCGAGAACAGAUCAUGACCACCAACGUCUGGCUGAAACAGGAGUGGACCGACUACCGCCUGGCCUGGAACAGCUCCCACUACGAGGGUGUGAACAUCCUGAGGAUCCCGGCCAAGCGCAUCUGGCUCCCGGACAUCGUGCUCUACAACAAUGCUGACGGGACCUACGAGGUGUCCCUCUACACCAACGUGGUGGUGCGCGCCAACGGCAGCGUCUUCUGGCUGCCGCCCGCCAUCUACAAGAGCGCCUGCAAGAUCGAGGUGAAGCACUUCCCAUUCGACCAGCAGAACUGCACCCUCAAGUUCCGCUCCUGGACCUACGACCACACGGAGAUCGACAUGGUGCUCCGGUCGCCCACGGCCAGCAUGGACGACUUCACCCCCAGCGGCGAGUGGGACAUCGUGGCGCUGCCCGGCCGGCGGACUGUGAACCCACAGGACCCCAGCUACGUGGACGUGACCUACGACUUCGUCAUCCGCCGCAAGCCACUCUUCUACACCAUCAACCUCAUCAUCCCGUGCGUGCUCAUCACCUCGCUGGCCGUGCUCGUCUUCUACCUGCCGUCCGACUGCGGCGAGAAGAUGACGCUGUGCAUCUCCGUGCUGCUGGCGCUCACCGUCUUCCUGCUGCUCAUCUCCAAGAUCGUGCCGCCCACCUCCCUGGAUGUGCCGCUCGUCGGCAAGUACCUCAUGUUCACCAUGGUGCUCGUCACCUUCUCCAUCGUCACCAGCGUGUGCGUGCUCAACGUGCACCACCGCUCGCCCGGCACGCACACCAUGGCGCCCUGGGUCCGCCGCUGCCUCCUGCACCGGCUGCCCGCCUUCCUCUUCAUGAAGCGCCCGGACGGCGGCCCCUCGAGGACGCCCCCGCCCGGCCGGCCUCGCCUGACCCAGCCCGAUGCCGCCGGCGCCCCCCACCUCUACGGGGCCUCCAUGUACUUUGUGAACCCCGCCUCUGUGGCCCCCAAGUCCCCGGCAGGCUCGGGCUCGGCCUCUGGCUCCAGUUCGGAUGCAGUGGGCCCGGCCCGGGAUUCCUGGCUGAGGUCGUCGGGGAGGGGCCGGCGGGACGUGCAGGAGGCUCUGGAGGGCGUCAGCUUCAUUGCCCAGCACAUGCAGAGUGACGACCAAGACCAGAGCGUCGUCGAGGACUGGAAGUACGUGGCCGUGGUGGUGGACAGGCUCUUCCUGUGGGUGUUUGUGGUCGUGUGUGUGCUCGGGACCGUGGGGCUCUUCCUGCCUCCCCUCUUCCAGACCCACACGCCUUCUGAGGGGCCCUAG